AUGCUGACUACUUUAAGACGGGGGGCUACUCAGACUGUGCCGUUUGUGCAGGAAUUCCGCUUUGACGACAAUAUCUUUGGCGAGGGUGUGACCGUGUUAGGGGACAAGCUGUUUGCACUGACGUAUAAGAUGCAACAGGUGCUCGUGUUAUCUCGUGAUGAUUUUCGUCUGCUUGGUCAGUUUCCAUUCACGACAACCACUAAGGAAGGCUGGGGACUUACGACAGAUGGGGAGUUUAUUAUUGCAAGUGACGGGUCUGCUGAAGUGCUCUUUUUUGAUCCGAAGGACGACUUUAAACUACAUCACAAUAUCACUGUCCAGAACGAUGGAAAAAAGGUGACCCAUAUUAACGAACUUGAGUUUGUAAAUGGGGAACUUCUUGCAAACGUGUGGUACGAGAAUUAUAUUUUGCGCAUCGAUGUCAGCACUGGUGACGUGUUGGAGCAGAUCGAUCUGAGCUGGAUGCCCAACAUGGUGGCUAACAUUCAUACCAAAGCCAUGAAGGCGUCCCCAUUGAGUCAGGAUGCCGUGAUGAAUGGAAUCGCCUACGACCCUAGCACGGGUCAUAUUUUCUUGACCGGCAAGUUCUGGGACUCCAUGUUUGAGCUUCAGCUAUCGUAUCUCAACCCACAUCAGUAUUCCAUCGUUCUAUAG